AUGGGACUCGAGUCCCUCGCGUCCCCUGCGUUGGCAGGCGCGUUCCUCAGCAGCAGCGCCACCCGGGCUUUGGAGACCCUAGGCCCUCCCACCCUAUGGGAGCACAGUGAGAAGUUUGCCCCCCAGGAGGGCCCUCACCCCGCCACGCUGAUCCUGGAUGCCAGGCCUCCGACUCCAGAACCACGGGAAAUCAAGUUCUGUCGUCUCCAUGGCACCCAGGCGGCAGUGUCCAUCACGUCAGCGCACAGGAGCGGGCGGGACAGACGAGCGAGCAGCGUGCAGAUGCGCACCGCCACGAGUAAAGCCGGCUGCUGGCGGUGA